AUUAAAAUCCUAUUCCUCUUCCAAUCUCAAACAUUUCCCUCCCUAUCUUCCCCGUUCUUCAUAAACUCUUUUUUAAUAAUGACCUCAUCUUCUUCUCCAGAACACCCACACAUUCCCCUGCCUCUCAAACCCAUCCCCGGCACCAAUGGCUUCCCCAUCUUUGGACCCAUCAAAGAUCGCUACCAUUACUUCUACAUCCAAGGCAGAGAAACCUUCUUCCGAUCUCGAAUGGCUAAAUACAAUUCCACUGUCUUCCGUACCAACAUGCCGCCAGGUCCCUUCAUCUCUUCCAAUUCCAAAGUAAUCGUCCUUCUAGACGCCCUCAGUUUUCCGAUCCUCUUUGACACCACUAAAGUCGAGAAACGCAACGUUCUCGAUGGAACUUACAUGCCCUCCCUUGCCUUCACCGGAGGAAUUCGUACUUGUGCUUUCUUAGACCCAUCUGAGACAGAGCACUCUGUUCUCAAACGCCAUUUCCUCAAUUUUCUUGCCUCUCGUCACCACCAAUUCAUUCCUCUCUUUCGAACCUCCAUCUCCGAGAUGUUUGAUAAACUUGAAAAGGAAUUAAAAAACAAUAACGUCGCCAAUUUUAAUCCCGUCAGUGAUUCAGCAUCCUUUGAUUUCAUCUUUCGAUUGCUUUCCGAUCGCAGCCCCAAUAAGAAUUUCAUCUCCGAGGGACCGGGUUUAGUCGACCGAUGGCUUACUAUGCAGCUCGCUCCAUUAGCGACUCUCGGUUUGCCCAAAAUUUUCAGCUGCUUUGAAGAUCUCAUCAUCCAUACUUUCCGUUUACCGUUCGCACUCGUUAAAAGCGCUUACAGGAAGCUUUACGAAUCGUUUUACGAGUCGUCGGGUACAUUUCUAGACGAAGCCGAGAAACAGGGAAUAAACAGAGAGAAAGCAUGUCAUAAUUUAGUGUUUCUAGCUGGAUUCAACGCAUACGCCGGAAUGAAAGUGCUGUUUCCGAUUCUGCUAAACUGGGUCGGAUCUGCCGGCGAGGAACUUCAUCGGAAACUAGUCAGCGAAAUCAGAUUUUGA